AGAUAGUUGCAUUCAUUUGGUGGUAAAACAAUGUUUUUCAACAUUUUUCUAGUGUUAUUUUCAAUUCUACAUCAAUGUCUUGCAUCAAAUAUAUUGGCAGUUUUCAUAUUUCCUGGAAUAAGUCACUUCAUGAUGUUUCAGCCUCUAUUAAAAGAACUAGCUAAUAGAGGACAUAAUGUUGAUGUCGUUAGUCACUUUCCUUCGACUACGCCAAUUGAAAGAUACACUGACAUCUCAAUCAGAGGUUUGACUCAAAUAGUAACAAACAAUUUAACAUUUUCUGCAGCCAAAGACUGUCAAGGACAAAGAAUGAUAAAAAUGUUAGCUCGAGAGGGUGGUUCAGACUUAUGCGAUACUAUCCUCAAAUCGCCCAUAUUACAAAAAUUGAAAAACUCUACCAAAAACUACGAUUUAGUUAUCACUCAACUAUUUAGCACUGAAUGUAUGUUGGGAUGGGGUUGGCAUUUUGGUGUACCGAACGUUGUGUUGACUUCGAGUGUUAAUUUGCCAUGGGCUUCGGAAAGGUUUGGACUACCUGAUAAUCCUGCUUAUGUGCCGAAUUAUUUUGGGAAAAGUGGGACAGUGAUGAACCUUCACGAGAGGAUUGUGAAUACAUGGUUGCUUGUAAUAUCAAAAUUAAUUUACUAUUUGUAUAGUACCCAGCCCUCAAAUCGCAUAGCCAAAGAAUUCUUCGGGAAAGAUAUGCCAGAUUUGGACAUCUUAGCCUAUAAUACCAGUUUGCAUCUAAUUAACACACAUGUCAGCAUUCACACUUCUAGGCCACUACCGCCAAAUGUAAUUGAAGUUUCUGGAUUACAUAUCAUGAAACCAAAGCCACUGAAUGAGCAUCUUAAUAAAACUCUUACGACUGACAAAAAGGGUAUUAUCUGUUUCUCAUUGGGUUCAAUAAUUACAUCUGAAACAACACCAGAUAGUAUGAUGCAAGCAAUGUUUGAUGCAUUUUCAGAACUUCCAUACAAAGUGAUUUGGAAAGCAAAAAGGGAAAAUUUUUCAAAAAUAUUAAAGGUGCCCGACAAUAUUCAUUUUGAAGCUUGGCUACCACAAUUAGAUAUUUUGUGCGAUCCAAGAGUAAAACUCUUUGUCUCCCACGGAGGUAUGUUGGGAUCACAAGAAGCAGUCUACUGUGGAGUCCCAAUGCUUAUGAUUCCAUAUGUUGUGGAUCAACAUUUGAACAGUAAAGAAUCGGAAUUGAUGGGCUACGCUUUGAAGUUGGAUUCUGACAAAAUUACCAAAGAAACUAUGCUGCUGGCAAUGAAAAAAUUAUUGGAUGAGCCAAUUUAUAAACAAACAAUGAACAAAGUCUCUGACCAAUUCAGAGACAGGCCUUUAUCAGCUAUGGACACUGCUAUCUAUUGGAUAGAGUACGUUAUCAGACACCAAGGGGCGCCCCAUUUGCAAAGCCCUAUAAAAAAUCUAUAUUGGUAUCAAUAUUACCUUUUAGACGUUGUAGCUGUUUCCAUUGGAAUACCUUUAGUUUUACUUAUUUUAUGUAUAAAGUUACUUAAAAAUCGUAUUGGUUGUACAAAAGGAACAAAAAUGAAGGUCAAAACGAAAUAAACAAUACAUUUGACAUUGAAAUGAGAUAUGUCUAUUUAAUUUUGUGAUUACAAUAAGAAAAAAAAUCAAAAUGAACUCUAAUUGGAAAAUUAAAAUGUUUAAUUAGUAAAAUAAAAAAAUAAUAUAUUUUUCUUACAUAAGCAUCACUUACUUAAUCAGUAGUGUCAAGGUCAUUAUUUUCUACAAUAUGUAUUUGGGUGCUUCUUCGACGUGACGGAUUUAAUGCAGGACUAACAACUCCUUGAGAAAAUUGAACUCCUUUCCUCUUAGUAAUAUUGCUAGUUCGAUUUUCUUUAUUUUCAGCAUUGCUAUUUUGAUGUUGCUUAAUUUUUGAAGGUGAUGAAUCAGCUUUUACAAAGUCUUCACUUGUAUUUAUUGAUGUAUCUGUGGAAGCAUCUUCUAAGAGAUUUUGUGGGCUUAGUCUUAGUUUGUUUUCUACUGAUUUGAGGCAACUUUUCAAGUCGGAU